GAAGUAGCCCUGAGGUCUGACGCUGUUUCUCGGUCAAACUUACUUCAACGUGCCAAUGGGUCGGACGUGAGAAUUGCCCCUGACAUUAUUAGUAUCGCCCUCUACGCGUUAUCAUCGUGCAUCGGGUGGCCAAAAUAACCCACGUUCGUUGAGCCUUGUGUCAUGUGGAGGUGAUGUCGUCGUCAUCGUCGUUGUCCAAUCCGGUGGGUCAGUUGGAAUCCGCGGCUCUCAAGAGAAAGGCCAAAUUAGCCGAGCUCCGAGCCAAGAAGGCCAAAACCGGCCAAUCCCACGCCUCUCAAAGCGAGACGUCGCUCAAUCAAGAGUUGCCCAAACCUGUGUUUCGAAGCUACAAGCCCAAUGAUGAGGGUAUGUUCGAAGGUGUCUUGCCUGAGGCAGAACCCGCUGAAGUAACUGAUAAAGUCAGAGAAGAGUUGGAUCGUGAACAUGAGGCUAUUCAAAUCGAUAAGUUGGAUUUCGUGAAUUUGGCUCCAAGAAAGAUCGAUUGGGAUCUCAAGCGCGACAUCGCUCCCAAAUUGGAGAAACUCGAGCGCCGCACUCAACGUGCCAUUGCCGAAUUGAUUCGCGAGCGGCUUCAAGAAGAGGAUCUGGCCAACGCAGUCACAGCAGGUGCUUCCGCUGCUCAGAAACUGGCUGCCGAUGACGAGGAUGAUUAG